UACUGUCAAUUCACUAGUUUCUAGGUUAGAAAAUCAUAGAAAACACUCCUUGUAUCUCCAGAAUUAUUGGAAAUUUGAAGAUAUUUUAAUAAUAAUCGGUAUUUACUUUGCUCUACUGCAAUAUAUUAUAAGCAAUGAGUGUGGAAGUGAGAAGAGACACCCCUAAGGGUAAAUCCUUGCAUGCAACUAGGCACAUUCCCAAGGACACUGUUAUUUUCGAGGAAGAUCCUUUAAUUUGUUGCCAGCUGGCCUGGAACGCAGCCUGUAAAUAUAGAGCUUGCGACCACUGUUUAAGGCCUCUAGAAACAGCUGAGGAAAAUUCCCAAAGACUUACAGGAAAACCCGCCUACAGCUUACCUUAUCCAGAAUUUUGCCAAACAAAAAAAGAGGACAUUACAAGUUGCCCAGAUUGUGGUGUCGAAUAUUGUUCUGAAAUAUGCAAGACAAUAGCUAACGAGCAAUACCAUAGAGUCUUGUGUCUUCAGAGUCAUGAGAGAAACAUGACUCACCCAUUGGAGCAGUUAGAGGAGGCUUGGAAACACAGUCACUAUCCUCCCGAAACUUCCUCCAUAUUCCUACUGGUGCGACUCCUAGCCAGGAUCGUACAGUCACCGAACAAGGACGAAGCGAUCAGGACCACUCUGGAUUUUUGCCAUAGAAGCGUCAACGAGGACGCAGAGUUGGCCCACAAGUUCUUGGGUGCUAAAUUUGCUCAUAACCUUGAUUUGUUUAGGGAAUUAAUUGGUAAAGCUUUACCCAAUGAGGGUAUCGAGCAAUUUUUGACACCUGAAGGGUUUCGAAGCCUUGUCGCCUUGAUUGGUACAAACGGCCAAGGGGUGGGCUCCAGCCCUUUCAGCGUGUGGACGAGUAACAUUGAAAAAGCGAACUUAGACCAUGAAGAAAAAGAGAAAAUUAAUUCUUUCAUAGAUAAAACGUACGAACAAAUGUUCGACCAUACCGGUGACUUCUUAAACAGCGAAGGGGUCGGUUUAUAUCUUCAGCAAAGUUGCGCCAACCACAGUUGCGAACCAAAUGCUGAAAUUAAAUUUCUGCACAAUAAUUUUCGAUUAUCCCUUUUUGCUAUAAGAGAUAUAGAGCCGAAUGAGGAGGUGCUAAUUAGUUACCUGGACGAAUGCUCUUUAAAUAGAUCAAGACAUUCGCGUCAAAAAGCUUUAAUGGAGAAUUAUUUGUUUACUUGUGAUUGUUUGAAAUGCUUGAGAGAGAUAGAUGAUCCCGAUAUGACGAGCGAGGAAGAGAUGUCCGAUGAGGAUUGUGAUGACUAGUGUGUUUUUUUUGUUUUAAGCCUUUAAUGCAUUUGUUUGUAUAUUGGGCAAAAACGGUUAAAUAAAGUUUUUAUGUAUA